AUGGGCCGUCUUCACUCCAAGGGAAAGGGUAUCUCCGCCUCGGCGAUCCCUUACAGCCGCAACGCCCCGUCGUGGCUCAAGACCACCCCCGAGCAGGUCGUUGACCAGAUCUGCAAGCUGGCCAAGAAGGGUGCUACCCCUUCCCAGAUCGGUGUCAUUCUCCGUGACUCCCACGGCGUUGCCCAGGUCCGCAUUGUCACCGGCAACCGCAUUCUCCGCAUCCUCAAGUCCAACGGCCUCGCCCCCGAUAUCCCUGAGGACCUCUACAUGCUCAUCAAGAAGGCUGUUGCCGUCCGCAAGCACCUCGAGCGCAACCGCAAGGACAAGGACUCCAAGUUCCGCCUCAUUCUCAUCGAGUCCCGUAUCCACCGUCUCGCCCGCUACUACAAGACCGUCGGUGUCCUCCCCCCUACCUGGAGAUACGAGUCCGCCACCGCCUCCACCAUCGUCUCUUAA